CUUAAUUUUCGACAGUUUCAAGCACUUCUUGAUGAGGUACAGGCACAGUAUAAUACUUUACUUAUGUACAAUAAUGUACGAUGGCUAAGCAGAGGACGGGUCUUGGAGAGAUUUGUAGCCUGUUUGGAUGAAAUUAGGCUGUUUAUGAAUGACAAGGGGCAGGAAUAUCCACAGCUCACUGAUAUGACCUGGCUCACCAAUCUCAUGUUUUUUACUGAUUUUACAAUACACUUCAAUGUCCUGAACAAAAAACUGCAAGAUUUAGGGAAAACAGCAGAAAGAAUGUUUUGUGAUAUCAGAACAUUUGAGAGAAAACUGCAGGUUUUUGAAAGAGACCUUGAAAGUGGGCAGCUGAAAUAUUUUCCCAAUCUAAAAAUGCAUUUGGAAAAUUCUACAACAUUUACAGACAAUCCAAACCAUCAUGAAAUCUACAAAGAAUUUUCUAGCAUUAUAGCAGUUGCAAAGGAGAAUUUUGGCAACAGAUUUGUACAGUUCCGUAAGAUGGAAACAACCCUGAGUUUUCUUACUUCUCCAGAUAAAGCCAAAUUUGAAGAACUUGAUCUUUCCUGCUUACACUGGUUAGAUUUAGAAAAUUUGGAAAUGGAGCUACUGGAAUUUCAAGAAAGCUCUAUCUGGAAAAAUAAAUUCUCUGACCUGCGUGCCACUCUUGAAAAGAUGGAGUGUGAAGGGAUGACCAAAGACAGCACAGUUGCUAGUUCAGAAAAUGAAAUACUUAAAGUGUGGAAUUCUCUGCCAAAUAAUUUUAAGGCAAUGAAAACACUUGGGAUUGCUUUCCUUACUUUGUUUGGGUCAUCCUAUGCUUGUGAGCAGCUGUUUUCAGCAUUGAAUUAUAUCAAAUGUGAUGCCAGAAAUAGACUAACAGAUGAUUUGAGUGCUGUAUGUGUUGCUCUCAAACUAACGGAGUAUGAGCCAAGGUUUGACAAGUUAUCAGCAUGCAUACAACAGCAAAAAUCACAUUAAUUGUGCAAAAGCAUCCCAAAUCUUUAUCAACGCCCAGCCAAGGCAUCUUUAAAAAUGCCCAGCAAUGGCAUCUU